AGUCCCUCGCCGCGGACUACCUACCUCGGCAGCUGCACGCACAGGCCAAGGCAGACACUCGCUCGCCGCGCCGUCAGCCGCCCGCCAGUCCAGCGCCGACCACCGCCCGCACCGGACCGCUCGUACCGUCGCCGUGCCCAAGCCAAGUCGAGACCCGCACCAGCCGGCUUCCGUUUUGACUGUCUUGGUGUUCGCCCCGCACCGUGACCAUGGCCGAAGAGAACCAGAAGCCCGUCGAGGAGAAGCAGGCCCAGCAGCAGCAGUCUCAGGAGAAGGACGACGCCCCGGCCAAGGACGCCGAGCAGGAGUCCCCCGAGAAGGCCCCCGAGGAGCCCCCCAAGGAGAUGAAGGCCGUGGUGCUGACUGGCUUCGGCGGCCUCAAGUCCGUCAAGGUGCUCAAGAAGCCCGAGCCCACCCUGGGCGAGGGCGAGGUGCUGAUCCGCGUCAAGGCCUGCGGACUCAACUUCCAGGACUUGAUGGUCCGCGUGGGCGCCAUAGACUCCCCGCCCAAGACCCCCGUCAUCCUGGGCUUCGAGUGCGCCGGUGAGAUUGAGGCCGUCGCCGAGGGAGUGGACAAUUUCAAGGUUGGCGACAGGGUGGUGGCCCUGCCGGAGUACCGCGCGUGGGCGGAGCUGGUGGCCGUGCCGGCCAAGUACGUGUACCGCCUCCCGGACACCAUGAGCUUCCUGGACGCGUCCUCCGUCGCCAUCAACUACGUGGUGGCGCACAUGCUGCUGUUCGACGUGGGCAACCUGCAGCCCGGGAAGACCCUGCUCGUGCACUCUGCCGGCGGCGGCGUGGGCCAAGCUGUGGCUCAGCUGGCGCGCACGGUGAAGGGCGUGACGGUGAUCGGAGUGGCCAGCAAGAGCAAGCACGAGGCCAUCCAGGGCUCCAUGGACCACGUCAUCGAGCGGGGAACCGAUUACGCCAGUGAAGUGCGCAAGCUGUACCCCGAGGGAGUCGAUAUCGUCCUGGACUGCUUGUGCGGAGAGGAGUGCAAUCGUGGCUAUUCUCUUCUGAAGCCUAUGGGGAAAUACAUUCUCUAUGGCUCUGCUAAUGUGGUCACUGGAGAAACCAAAAGUUUAUUCAGCCUUGCCAAGUCUUGGUGGCAAGUUGAUAAGGUGUCCCCUAUCAAGUUAUUUGAUGAGAACAAAACUUUGGCUGGUUUGAACAUGCGCCAUCUGAUGUACCAGCAAGGGGGUGCUGCCCACAUCCAGAGCGUUAUGGACAAGGUCUUUGCCAUGUGGUCUAAGGGCCAAAUCCAGCCUGUGGUUGAUUCUACCUGGGCUUUGGAGGAUGUGCCUGAGGCUAUGCAAAAAAUGCAUGACCGUAAGAAUGUUGGCAAGAUUUUGCUCGACCCCAGCUUGGAACCCAAACCCAAGCCUGCUACACCUGCCAAGGGGAAGGGCAAAUCCUCGUCUAUUGACAAGGAGGACAAGAAGAAGGAUGAUGAUGAAAAUGGAUCAGGUGACAAUGAUGCCAAGGAGGAAGAGAAGAAGGAAGACAAGAAGAAAGAAGAGAAAAAGGAAGAAAAGGAGUCAAGUUGAAUCAAUUUUAAAAAAGAAACAUAAAUUAAAUAAGAAUGUGUGGGCGCAAGCGCCGUCCUUUUAGUCACACUCCCAGUUCGAAGCUGCUUACAGAUGAGUGCGAGGAAGUUGCUCUUUUCCUUAGUGCUUGACUGAUAUAGAUGUGUGCAGUGUAAUGAUGUAUCUAUGUGACCUAUUAGCUUUUCAUGCAAAACCAGAUUUUAAACCCUUCUUCCUCCUGUUCUGUGGAUUGAAAUGCUUUUAAUUUAAAUGAUUUUGUUGGUCUGUAUCAUGGAUUUAAUUUUAAGCUGUUAAUAAUUUGACAAAGAAUGAUCUCAAUGGCCAGUUAGGUUUCAUGCAUUUUAUUUUUGGAGAUCCUUACCAGGAAGUUUGUACCUACUUACUAUUUAAUUAAGAUUUAUGUGUACAUUUUAUGCCCAAAUUCUUUUAAAUUUGACAGUAUUUUUCUGUAGCUGCAAGUUUGGCAGCAGACAUUGCAGGUAUAUCAUGAUUUUAUUUAAUGUUUAGAGGAGCGCUAGAGUCGUUUAUUGUAAUUUAAUAUAUUUUAUAUGGAAUUUUAUGCGCAGUGUUUGAUUUAUUGCCUUCUUGAAAAUUAGCUAGGCUUGAAAUGUUUCAGUAGGCCUAUAUGCGUUCCUAUUGUACAUUGAGCCAUUAGUCUGCCAUAAUGGUGACCUGCAGAACAAACUUGUUUGCAGAGCCAUUUUCAUUGUUAGAAAGCCGAGCUGUGUUAUAUUUUUCUGUAAGAUACUGCAUUAUAUACUAGAAUUCUAUUCAAGAUUAAGAUAUGUGAGGGUAUGUCUGUGUAUGCGCUUGCAGUGUAUGUUCCUCCCCAAUAAAAAAGAAUAAAACCA